AUGGCGAGACCCCAGGUUUACUUUGAUAUCUCCAUCGGCGGCCAGCCCACCGGCCGCCUCACCUUUGAGCUCUUCAGCGACAUUGUCCCCAAGACGGCCGAGAACUUCCGCGCCCUGGCCACUGGCGAGCAGGGCUACGGCUACGCCGGUUCCGGCUUCCACCGCGUCAUCAACGGCUUUAUGGCCCAGGGCGGUGACUUCACCAAGCACAACGGUACUGGCGGCAGGUCCAUCUACGGUGACAAGUUUGCCGACGAGAACUUCCAGGCCAAGCACACCAAGCGUGGCCAGCUCUCCAUGGCCAAUGCCGGCCCGGGCACCAAUGGCUCCCAGUUCUUCAUCACCUUUGAUGCCACCCCUCACCUCAACGGCAAGCACGUUGUCUUCGGCGAGAUUGUCGGCGCCGAGUCCGCGUCAGUCCUUGACAAGAUUGAGCGGAACCCGACCGAGCGCAAUGACAAGCCCGUCAAGGCGGUCAAGAUCGAGGCGUCUGGCCAGCUCUAA